CGAACUAUAAAAAUACAUUUGUAACUAUCAAUGCUCCCCCUACCCCACCCCCAAACCACCACCGGCGCCCAUCGGAACACUGUCUACGGAUGAUCCAAAUUUCUGCAAACCGAAGAUAGAUAGAUAUGGGAAUAUACCUAAGCACGCCUAAAACUGACAAGCUUUCUCAGGAUGGUGAGAAUGAUAACCUAAAAUAUGGGGUGUCAUCCAUGCAGGGAUGGCGUACAUCAAUGGAAGAUGCUCAUGCUGCUUAUCUUGAUUUGGACUGUUCAACAUCUUUCUUUGGUGUUUAUGAUGGCCAUGGAGGUCAGGCAGUCUCUAAGUUCUGUGCAAAGUAUCUUCACCAACAACUGAUGAAACAUGAAGCUUAUUCUAGUGGUGAUAUUGGAACUGCUGCCCAAAAAGCUUUCCUCAGAAUGGAUGAGAUGAUGUGUGGGCAACGUGGCUGGAGAGAGUUAUCUAUUUUGGGAGACAAAAAAGAUCAAUUAAGUGGGAGGGUGGAAGGGUCAAUUUGUUCACCUAAAAGUGGUGAAGCAAAAGGUCAACAUGAUGAUUGGCCUGUUGAGGAGGGGCCACACUCUAACUAUGAAGGGCCACAAUGUGGUAGCACUGCUUGUGUGGCAAUCAUCCGUAACAACCAACUUGUUGUAGCUAAUUCUGGUGAUUCUCGUUGUGUGAUAUCUCGUAAGGGCCAGGCAUAUAAUUUGUCAAAAGAUCAUAAGCCUGAUCUUGAUGCUGAAAAAGAAAGGAUAUCAAAAGCUGGUGGUUUUAUUCAUUGUGGUCGAGUUAAUGGGACUCUAAACUUAACUAGGGCUAUUGGGGACAUGGAACUGAAGAAGGAUAAAUCACUGCCUGCUGAAAAACAAAUUCUUACUGCUAAUCCUGAUAUAAACAUAGUUGAGCUUUGUGUGGAUGAUGAUUUUCUUGUUAUUGCUUGUGAUGGAAUAUGGGAUUGCAUGUCAAGCCAACAACUAGUGGAUUUUGUACGCGAGCAAAUAAAAACUGAAAGUAAGCUGUCGGUGGUGUGUGAGAAGGUAUUCGACAGGUGUCUGGCACCUACCUCUGGUGGUGAAGGAUGUGACAACAUGACAAUGGUUUUGGUGCAGUUUAAAAAUUGCCCAAAGCCCGGCCCGGGUCCAUCUACUUCUCCAAAGACAUCCCCUGAUCAAGACUCUGUCUCAUCUGACUGCAAAGACAAACCUGGUUCAAACUAGUGGUAAUACUUUUUUUUUUUUUUAAUUCAUCACCACCGUUUUAUAGAAAUACAUAAUAUUCUUUUAUAUCCAUAGGAAACAUCCCUCUAUUCGUGUACAAAUUGUUUUCUUCUUAUUGAAUUGGCCCAUGGUAUUUGAGACACCAUUUGUUGAUUUGAAUUUUGCUCAUG